AUGGCGGACAAGGAGGCAUCAGUCUACAUUGUCGACCUCGGGUCCUCCAUGGCCGAUUGCCACAACGGCCGCACCGAAUCUGACCUGGACUGGAGCAUGCGGUACGUAUGGGACAAGAUCUCAACCACAGUCGCCGCCUCACGGAAAACAUGGACCGUCGGCGUCAUCGGUCUCAAGACGGAUGAGACCCAGAACGCCAUGGGGGAAGAAGAGGGAUACGGCAACAUCUCCGUCUUGCAGGAGCUCGGCCCAAUGACUAUGACUUCUCUGAGGGAACUCGCGGAUACGGUGAAGCCGAGCGAGACGGAGACGGGUGAUGCUGUCUCGGCCGUGGUCCUCGCCGUCGAUAUGAUUGAGACGUUUACCAAGAAGCUCAAGUAUAAGCGGCGCAUCUACCUCAUCACCGACGGCAUGUCUGUGAUUGAUGGCGACGAUGUCGAUUCGAUUGCAAAAAAGAUCAAUCACGACGGAAUUGAGCUGAUAGUACUGGGCGUGGACUUUGACGAUGCAGAGUUCGGCUUUAAGGAAGAGGACAAGCCGUCAAUCAAGAAAAAGAAUGAAGAAAUUCUCAGGGAUUUUGUCUCCAAAUGCGACAAUGCCCAAUUUGCAACGAUUGCAGAGGCCAUUGACGAGCUCGACACGCCGCGCCUCAAACCCGUCAAGCCCUACAAGACAUACGACGGACCCCUAACCCUCGGUCUGGCUGACCCUCCAGAGGACCUCAAGAUUCCACCCACGCCCGCAGUCAUCAACGUCGAGCGCUACUUCAAGACCAAGCAAGCCAAGGCCCCAACCGCCUCCACCGUCGUAGUAUCGGCCGAACCCGGCCCCUCGCAGCAACUUGAAGGCGGCGACCCCAUGGAGGGUGUCGAGUCGACGUCGGCUGGCUUCGCGGCGGUCAAGUCGGCGCGGGCGUACAAGAUCAAUGACCCGGACGCACCGGGCGGCAAGCGUGACGUUGAGUUCGAGUCCCUCGCCAAGGGGUACCAGUACGGCCGCACGGCGGUCGCGAUCAGCGAGUCCGAGUGGAACGUCACCAAGCUCGAAACGGUCAAGACGUUCAGCAUCAUUGGCUUCAUUCCCUGCGAAAAGUAUGAGCCGUUUCUCAACAUGGGCGAGACGUGCGUGACGGUCGCCCGCAAGUUUGACGAAAAGUCGCAGCUCGCCCUGUCCUCCCUCAUCCACGCCCUCUACGAGCUCGAGUCCUACGCCGUCGCCCGACUUGUAGUCAAGGAGAAGAAGGACCCCGUCCUCGUUCUCCUAGCCCCGCGCAUCGAGCCGGACAUGGAGUGCCUCUAUGACGUACCCCUCCCCUUUGCGGAGGAUGUUCGGGGGUACCAGUUCCCGCCACUCGAUAAGGUCAUCACCGUCAGCGGGCAGAAGAUCACGACAAAUCACCGCUUGCUGCCCGGCGAUGAGCUCACAGAUGCCAUGAGCGACUACGUCGAUUCUAUGGAUCUGGGUACUUUUGGUACUGAUGACGAUGGAAACCCGUCAGAGUAUGCUGCCAUAGACGACACGUACAACCCAAUUAUCCACAGAAUCAACCAAGCCAUCCGCCAAAGGGCAGUCAACCCGGAAGGCCAGAUUGACCCAAUUCCUCCCAUUCUAGUGCGCUACGCCGCGCCUCCAGAAGAACUAGUCGAGAAAUCAAAAUCCCAAAUCGACGGUCUCAUCUCAGCAGCACAAGUGAAGAAAGUUCCCCCCAAAGCAAAGGGAAAACGCAAAUUCGAAGCCGCAAAACCCCUCUCAGGCCUAGACGUCGACGCCCUCCUAGGAACGACGUCCAAAUCCGCCUCGAAACGCCCCAAAAUUACCCCCGAAAACGCCAUUCCGGACCUCAAGCGCGCCCUCGCCACCGCGGAAGACGAGUCCGAGAUCCGCGACGCCGCAAAGCAGAUGGCCGCCGUCGUCGCGCAGCUCGUGACGGACAGCUUCGGCGACAACAACUACGCACGCGCGUCCGAGAACCUGAGCGUCCUCCGCCGCGGGCUCGUCGAGCUCGAGGAGCCGGACGUGUAUAAUGACUUAAUCAGGGACCUGAAGAAGAAGAUGCUCUCGGGCGAGCUGGGCGGGGAUCGGAGGGAGAUGUGGUGGCGGGUGAGGACGUCGAGAUUGGGGUUGAUUGAUCAGGGGACGUCGGAGGUUUCGAAUGUCAUGAGCGAAGAGGCUGAUGAGUUUAUAAAGUCAAAAUGA